UCAUAACUCAAUACAUUAUACAGUCGGCCAUGUUGUUUUCUUCUUUGAAGAUCAUUGAUUACCCGAUUGAUAAUUUUGUAGAAAUAAAAUAGCUUUGCUAGUAUUUAGUACAAUUGUGAUAAUAAUUUUAGUUAAGUUAAUAUAGAUUUGAAUUAGUGAAUAAAGUUUAAGACUUUGUGUCGAUUAUGGGCAGGAAAAAGAAGAAGGCAUCGAAACCUUGGUGCUGGUAUUGUAACAGGGAAUUCGAUGAUGAGAAAAUUCUGAUUCAACAUCAAAAAGCGAAACAUUUUAAAUGCCACAUCUGUCACAAGAAGUUGUAUACGGGACCAGGACUAUCGAUUCACUGCAUGCAGGUUCACAAAGAAGCCAUAGAUAAAGUACCUAAUUCUUUACCAAAUAGAUCAAAUAUUGAAAUUGAAAUCUAUGGAAUGGAAGGUAUACCCCCUGAAGAUAUUAAGGAGCAUGAGAGGCAAAAGACAGGUGGUGGUAAGGUGUCUGACAGUGAUGACGAUGAACCUGCAGCAAAGAAAAAGGCUACAGCAGCACUUUUGGGGCCAGGACCAUCAACCUUAACUCCAGGAAUUUUACCAACCCCAAUGGGUCCUGUACCUCCUGGAAUGUAUCCAGGGCCAAUGGGAAUGAAUCAUAUGAUGCCACAUUUCAUGCAACAGAGAAUGAUGAUGCCAGGCAUGAGGCCUUUGUUCCCUGCUUCAAGUAUAGCUGUCUCGACACCCAGUAAACCUACCUUUCCUGCUUAUAGCAAUGCCACAAUAAGCGCACCACCCACAACAUCAACAUCCUCUGAACUAAGAGAGAAUGGAGACGUCAAACCUCCAGCAGCCAACACUUGUCCACUGGUCACAGCCACAGGCGCUGGAUCCAAGAUCAUUCAUCCACCAGAAGAUGUAUCUUUAGAAGAAAUUAAAGCGAGAAAUGCUAAAUUUAGGCCAAAACCGAAACCCGAUGCUCCAAGCACGCCAGUUUCCGCUCCGCCUAUGAUUGCUCCUAGUACCAGCCAGGCUGAACUCAACUUCCAGGUGGCCGCUCACAUGUCGGCAGCCGUGGCGGCUGCCCGCCAGCAGGCAAUGCGUCGACCGAUGCCCAUGGGUAUGAUGGGUAUGCUCGGGCAGGUGCGAGUACCCGUCCCCGUAUCCAUGCCCGUUCCAGUCCUGCCCGUCAUGCCACAGUUCAACCUCAUGCGGCCAUUACAACCCGGUAUGCUGCUGCCCGGCGGGAUGAUGCAAAUGGGCGCCAUGUUCCCCGGUGGGGUUCCGGGAUUACCCAUGAUGCAGCCGCGAUAUCGGUAGCUGGGGAUUUAGGCUAAACGACCCACACUAGUCUCGCACGCCGCUAAGGUAGGCGCUCUACCGAUAUGCUUGCCUACGACGUUGAGGUUUUUUCAUCUCAUUCUCUUUCUAGCCUGAAAUCAUGCUGUCUCUCUUUAACCUUAAUAAUUAGAGGGUGAUGUCAUGCUUUCUUGUCAUGUUCCCUUUGAAAUUGACUGAAUAUUUAAGCUUUAAGUUUGAAAUUCUAAACGUAAUUCUUAGAAAAAUUUGUCAAAUUUAAUACGUAAGAAAAAGUCUCAAUAGUUAGUGGCGUACGUUCCGCUAGUGAAUCGAGCCGGUGACGGUUAAGCGGGGCAAGGUAAGGCCAGCGCGAGGAUGGGUGACCACCACUAGCAGCAGUAAGUGCGGCGCGCGGGACAGGUGAUGCGAGUCGCCCCGACGUCACUGGUGUGCGGGGACCUUCAUCAUAGAAAAGAAAUAGCGCCAAAUAUCAUGGCCAAUUGCAAUAUGCCAUACCUAACGAAGCUUUAUAUGUAUAACGCGGACGUUCACUCAUCC